AUGUCUUCCACUUUGAACUAUGACGUAAUUAGUCGGAUUCUAUUCUAUUCUAAAGUAAAUGACCAGUAG